GGUGGCAAUGGGAGGGUGACAACAGGCAGACUGUGGGGAGAAUAGGGUGAGAAUGGGGGUUGACAACAAUUAGACCGUGGGGACAACAGGGUCACAAUGGGGGGUUGACAACAGGCAGACGGCGGGGACAACAGGGUGGCAAUGCCAGCAUCCCACAGGCGUCACCCCUCUGACUGUCACCCUCAGAUUUCCCCACGCCUCGGCUGGAGGUGAGCAGCGCCGCCCCGGUGGCGAUGCAGAACCUGUCUGGAGGCUGCGAGCUGCCAGGGGGGCGCAAGGAGGGCAUGGAGCUGCGGGUGACGCUGGGACAAAAGGUGUUGGUGCCCUGGAGGCCACCGCCGCUGCUUUUCACGCUGCUGGUGACGGAGGAGCACGACGGAGCCGAGCUGCUCUGCGAGGCCAAACUGGAGGGCAGAGCUCCGAAACGGGGCAACGGCGUCAGGCUGGAUGUCAGCGCUCCGCCCUACAUGGACGAGCAACUCUGCCCCCCAACCCAGACCUGGACGGAGGGCCAGGAGGUGACUCAGUGGUGCCGUGCACGAGGAAAACCCGAGCCAGUGGUGACGUGUCACAAGGAUGGCACCAUCGUCCCCGUGCAACAGCCGUGGGUCGUCAACCGGAACCACAACGGGACGUAUCGGUGCAACGCCAGCAACGCCUUGGGCACAAUCACACGGGAUGUCAACGUGAACGUGGAGUACUGGGAUGUCAACGUGGGCCUUUGGGUGACGCUGGCGGUGGUGGCGGUGGCGGUGGUUGCGGCUGGGGCUGUUGCGUACCGCCUGUAUUACCAGAAGAAGAAGAUCCGUCACUACCGGCUGCAGAGGGAGCAGCAGCGCCUCCUGGCCUUGAAGGGCUCCUCGGAUGGGGCCACAGCCGCCCCAAACGGGUCGGCGGCGGGGGCACAAGCGUAGCACCCAUGGGUGCAGGGUG